AUGGUAGCGGUACCUGAAGGAAAAAGAUGUAGGUCGAACAAGAAGGAAGAAGACGUGCAUGACGCCAGCUACGAGGAGAAGAAGGUUGUUCAUGUAGGCGUCUUCCUUUCUCCUAAUUCAUUGAUUCUACUAUGUGGUUUCAUGGAUUUGAUUCGGGGAUUUGAGAUUCGAUUUGAGGAAUCCUGGGUUCGAUUUGGGGGAUCUGGAGUUAUGCGCCGCUGGGAUUUGGAAUUCUGUGCAAUUGGGAUUUGGGAUUCUAUGCGACUAGGAUCUUAG